AUGCCUAUCGAGAUUCAGACUGUUGUCGAGGCCGAUCUGCGGCGAUGUGCCGAGAUUGAGCAUUUGGCGUUCGCCGAGAGCUCAUCCAACAAGUUGCUAUUCCCCGGCCCUUUGCCUGAGGAUUUCCUGGGGCUUCAAGCCAGUGAUCUGGCCAAAAAAGUACGAGAGGAUCCAAGCGUGCGCAUGUUCAAGGCAGUGGACACUGCGCUCUCGGGCGACGAAGCGAUCAUUGCGUGGAGCAAAUUCAACGUGUAUCCUGACGGCAUGCCGGUGCCAAAGCCACGCGUCUGGGGCCCGGGCAGCAACGAGGAGGCGUGCAAUCAGCUGUUUGGCGGCAUGGACAGGAUGCGCGAGCGUUUGAUGGCAGGCAAGCCGUCCGUUUACCUCCACAUCCUGGUGACGGACCCAAAGCACCAGCGGCGCGGGGCGGGAUUGCAGCUGCUGACGCCCGUGAUGCAAGAAGCUGUUCGGCUGGGCGUGCCCGUGUAUCUGGAGUCAUCAGAGCCCGGGCAUCCUCUGUACACCAAGGCUGGGUUCAAGGAUGUCGAAGAGCAUCGGGUCGACUUUAGCAAGUUUGGCGCAUCGAAGCCUCACCUGUCGUGGGCCAUGAUCUGGGAGCUGCCGAACCGACGAUGUCCUUAA